AGAGAGAGAGAGAGAGAGAGAGCGCACAGAGCUCAGAGCAUGUCGCCUCCUGUUGCUGCACCUCACUGUGGGAUCUGCUGUCGACCUUUCAGACUGCACACAUGAACGCAGAGAGCUUUUUUUACGCGUUUACUCGCUAUGUGCGACCCGGAGGCUCGGCGGAGUGAAGCAGCACGGUGUCUGUUCUGAGUCUGGAGGGGGAAAACCAGGCUCGUCUCUGCGGGGAUUUUUUUUUCUUCUUCUUUUUGACACAACUUGGCAGAGAAAGUGUUGCUGGUGAUUCGUUCGGAGCUGUUUUGCGGAGAAAGUGUGAAACAAGUGUCAGGAAGAGAGAGCAACAGAUGUUUUUCAUGGACAUGCGGCCGGCUGAGGAAUGAGAGCAGCGGCGAGGCACCGGCGGCCCUUCCAGCGGUUCUGCUGCUGUGGAGUCGGGCUGGUCGCCGUCAUUUGGCUCGCACAGGUUAUCCAGGCACCAGAGACGGACUCUUCUGGGUUCCAGCCAGGCGUGAAUGAUGGGACGCUGCAAUGGACACGCAGGCUGAUGCAGGAGAAGUCAGACAACCAGAGCCUGGAUCAGCCCCGACCAGCCAUCCAUGAGUUUCCAGAGGACAUCUUUACCAAGGAGCAGAGGAAGAAGGGGGCCGUGUUCCUGCAUGCACUCUGUGCCAUCUACAUGUUCUACGCUCUGGCCAUCGUCUGUGAUGACUACUUUGUCCCUUCCCUCGAGAAAAUAUCUGAGAACCUGCAGCUUAGUGAAGAUGUGGCCGGGGCGACAUUUAUGGCUGCAGGAAGCUCUGCUCCAGAGCUUUUCACCUCUCUCAUUGGUGUUUUCAUCACGAAAGGAGACGUCGGAGUCGGCACAAUCGUUGGCUCAGCUGUCUUCAACAUUCUGGUCAUCAUCGGCCUGAGUGGAAUCUUUGCAGGCCAGACAGUGGCUUUGACAUGGUGGUCUCUGUUUAGAGAUUCCUCCUACUACAUCCUCUCUGUACUGACUCUCAUCAUGGUUAUUUAUGAUGCCAGAGUUGUCUGGUGGGAAUCCUUGCUCCUCAUGACCAUGUAUGGGAUCUACAUUGUAAUCAUGAAGUUCAAUUCCCAGAUCCUGGUGCUGGUGACGCGUCAGCUGAGAAGUGUCGGGCCGUGCUGCCUCGGAUCAGAGGAUCACAGAGAGGACAAGAUGGGGGAGGAUGCCUCCGCGUGCAACACCUCCAUGGUGCUGCUCAACAAAGGUCAGGAGAGGUUGCCGCUCAAGCUGAUCAACAUGUUUUUUGUUUGUUUGUUUUUCUUGCCAUUGAUUGCUUACAGGGAACUCAGAAAGUGUAGAUGGAGUGCUGUUUGUCAUGUAUUUAACACCUCUUUCACAGGUCAAGCCCAUGGUCAGGAGCCUCCUCCCGUCAUCAUGGUGGAUGAGCUUCUCAUCCUCAACCCCCACAAACUGUCCUUCUCUGAGGCCGGCCUGCGUAUCAUGAUCACCCCACACUUCUCCCCCCGCACCAGGCUCUCCAUGGCAGGACGCGUGCUCAUCAGUGAGAGACAGAGGCUGAUCCGGACUUCGAAGAAUCAGCGGGAUGGCGAGGCUGGCCCCGGGUCAAGAUGUGGGUCAACCAGCAACAGCCUGAAGAGGACGGGCUCCUGCAGUCUGGAGAACGGAGGAGGGAGGCCCGGGAUAGGAGACGCGGAGUCGGGAGACAAGCCGGGAGUCGAGGUGUGCCAGCCUGAGGAGGAGGAAGGGGACGAAGAUGGGAUUUUCAGCCCUGUGCGCAUACCAGGUAGCUGCUGUGCGCGGGUAAAGUGGGUGAUCACGUGGCCUCUGGGCCUCCUGCUCUACUGCACUGUGCCUAACUGUGUUCUGCCACGCUGGCACCGCUGGUUCAUGGUCACCUUUGUGGCCUCCACCCUGUGGAUCGCCGUCUUCUCCUACCUCAUGGUGUGGAUGGUCACCAUCAUCAGCUUCACACUAGACAUCCCAGACUACAUCAUGGGUAUAACCUUCCUGGCAGCAGGGACCAGCGUGCCAGACUGCAUGGCAAGUCUGAUUGUAGCCCGACAAGGCAUGGGGGACAUGGCAGUUUCUAACUCCAUAGGCAGCAAUAUCUUUGACAUCCUGCUGGGUUUGGGUUUCCCCUGGGCUUUACGUACCCUUGUGGUGGACCACGGAUCAUCAGUCUCCAUAAAUAAUAAAGGACUGGUGUAUUCUGUCGUCCUGCUGCUGGCAUCUGUGUUUCUGACAGUAAUGAGUGUUCAUCUGAACCAUUGGAAGCUGGAUCGCCGGCUGGGUCUGGGUCUGAUGUUUCUCUAUGCCAUCUUCCUGCUCUGCUCCAUCCUCUUCGGGCAGAUGUGAGGCCUUAAGGUCAAAGGUCAGCUCUGUCAGACAACAUGCUGGGUACCUUCCUUUCUACCACACUUCUUUCCUGAAACCAAAAGAAAAAAAAAAGAGUGACAACGUCGUCAUGUUCCUUGUGAGAGUUUCUGUGCACCUCUGUAGGAUCUGCUCACAUGCAAACUCACAGUGAAGUCUUUUCUCAAUAGCACAGUUUUUUUUCCUCCUUUUUCGUACAGUGCAGUGUUUCAAAGCGGUCAGUCCUUUAUGUUAUAAAAUAGGGUGACUUACCAAAAACCUGAAUGACAUGGCAGAUGGAAGCAGCAGGAUUGUUGUGCGUAACAUGAACAAAAAACAAAUAGCUCUGUUCCUUGUUAUCUAGGUAGUUGCACGAUGUGCAUGUCUGUUAAAAAUAGACAUGAAAAUAUACAAAAAUUAAUCUCCUGGCCUUUUCUAAAAAUAUUUAUUGCCAAAAACAUCAAUUUUGAGAGAAGUCACAUCCUGCUAAAAUUCUAAACUGAAAAAAUCAUUUGCUUAUUUGCCUAUGAAAAUUAUGUGCUUCACUAUUUCAUUAAAGCAAUAAGCCAUUAGAAGUAACACACGAACACCCUUUUACAUGUUCAGAAAUGUACUGUAGAUCAAGCACACCACAUUAAUUGUUAAUAUCCCAUUCAGUGAGCAUAAACAAAAGUCUUAAUGACACAAAGGUCCAGUUCUGUCAGGAACUGUUGAUUUUUUUUUUCCUCUGAGUCAACAGUUCAGUCAAUUUAUUUAGAUUUUUACCUUCAUGCUCUGAAUGCUGCAGCCAAGCAGAUAAUUUACAGGAUCAUUAGCUAUUGGCCCUUAACAGCAACACAGCAAACAAAAGUCAUUUCUAACGGAGAUUGAGUUUAUUAGCCUGCAUCCUGUCUGCAUUUGUAUCCACAUAUGUUCUCCUCAGCAGAUAGCUGCAGCUGCAGGCGAAAUGAGACAGUAAAGUGUAACUACCCAAUAAAAACAAUACUAGGCUACAGUAUAGAGCUAAUUGUCUUCGAAGUUGGAGACAAGAAGCUGAAAUUCAUAGGCGGCUAUGGUGAAAAGCUAUGUUCUACAUGUUGUUCAGUUAAGGAAGCAGUACUUUAGUUAUUGACUUGUCUGCUGGCCUUAGGUUUGAAUACCCUUGUAUGUUAUGAAUGUACACCCUAGCUGACUUUACCAUUAGUGUGGAAAUAUUUACAUGCAUUCAAAUGUAGCAGGCAGCACUGAAUUACAGCAAAGAACCUCUGAAGAGACGGUGAGAAACUUGAGUCCUAUAAUGAAGGACACCUUGUACGUGUCAGAAAACUUUUAGAAUAGAAACAUUGAUAUGAAAAUGCACAUUAUUGUGACAAUAUUUUGAUGAUUUUGCCUCACUACUAAUAAGAAAGUAUUGGUUCAGCUUAAUGUAUGUGAAAAGAUUAACCUAGUGUAACAGUAUUUUUAGAGGUCUUAUUACUAUGAAAUCUAAUAUAUAAUGUACUUCUAUGAGUGUCACAAACUUUGAUGACUUUGAGCGCAGGUUAGUUGUAAUACUUCACGUUUAGGUACGACAAUCGAUGUUUGUAUUGUUUCCUGUAUAUUUUAUGCGAUUAAUUCACUUUGGUGGAACAUUUUUACAGUUAGCACAAACUCUGAUAAGGACAGACACAGAACAAUAUAUCUUCAUACAUACACAUACUGACUGUGUGUGUGUGUGUGUUAUUGCAACUAAUGCUGCAUAUUCCAUAUUCAUAUUUACCAGCUGCUCUUCCAUCAUGUAGGAAAACACAACAAUCUGGAUUAAUUUCCAUAAUACAAUGAUUUUUUUUUUAGGAUCACAUGUCAGUUUUUAAUAUUUACUGUUAUUUAACCCAUGAAUUCAAGAUUUAUGUUCCACCAAAGGGAUGGGGACUUUUUUUUUCGAAUGGCUGUAUAAUUAUUAUUAUUGUCUACUUGACAAUACUUUUUACUGUUUGUAAACGUUAAAUAAUUUACAUAGUUUUACAAUAAUGAAUGUCUGACAGAGACUAGUUUUGUGGUGUUUUUGAUAUUUUUAAGAGAAAAUACAUAAUGUAAGCCUACUUGUGAAUUAUUAUAACAGAAUGAAUGCAUAUUUUGUCACUUUGUUUAGUAGAAUAUGAAGGCUGUAGCAUCAAACUAGCACUCCGUUUGUAAUUAAUUCAAUUGAAGCUGUGUAUUUUCAUAAUUUUCAAGUUUUUUUUUUAUUUCAGUAUUGAUUCACUGACAUACUCAACUUUAUUUCAUGUAAGGGGACAGUUUACAGUUUGAAAUUAUGUUAAAAAAAAACCCAUCAAAAUGGUUUUUAAAAUGUUUUAAAAAUUGGCUUGAAUAUUCAAAUUUAUGAGUGAACAUGCAGUUAAGUUUUUUCUUCAUUAAUUGAAAUGAGUUUUCACUUCAAACUGACAGCUUGAAACCAUUCACCCCUUUUACGUGAAGAAAUACCACUUAAUUUAAAUGAUAGUGAGUAUUCCCUCCUUUCCCACUAAAUUAAAAACAUUAAUUGUUUUAUUAAUUAUUCAUAUUUUCUCUUUUAGUGACAGAUUGAAAGUGUGGCUAAAUUUAAACACAUUUUAUCUCAUCCUGCUCAAAUGUUAUGCCAGCAGUUUUAAUACCACAACCCAUCACUACAUCUUAAUGGGGUUUUAAGGUGACAAAUGACUUUUAAAAUGUCAGAGCAAAAGAGAAAGCAUGAUAAUUACCCUGUAAAUGUCUGUCAGAAGCUGUACUUUUCUAUUGGUAAAGUUCAGUAAAGUUUUGAGGAAUAGUUUCUCAGAAAACUUUUAAUCAGGACUGAAAUGAUAAGUUGAUUAAUCAUUUAGUUGAUCAUCAGAAAAGUAACAGAGAGCUUUUCUGAUAACAUGCCAAACAUUUGCUAGCCACAGCUACAGGAUUUGGCACUUUUCUAUUUGAGAUUAGCAUUGAGCAAAGUGGGAAACUGAAAUAAAAUUAAUUGGAAAUAUAACUGCAGAUUAAAAUAUUGAAAAUAACUGUAAUAAUUUGGCAUUUUUGGGGUUGUUUUUUAUAUCACCUGAAGCAGAAACUGUCUUUUCAUAUCCUCACUAUCUCCAUCUUUGUUAAUCAUCCUCAACAACCUCAACCAUCACAGCUCAUUGUGUUUUUCCAGGUAAUGACUUGCAGCAGUUUUUUUCACUCAGCUGCUGGGAGUCUCUGCUCUCUUGUAUUCAAAUCUAGUAAUAAUUCCAAUACGCUAGUCAUGGCUACAGAGAGACACAGCAGCACCAAAACCAAACUCUCUCUGGUACUUGUGGUUUCACAGCACUCAGAGGAUGUUCUGUUUAUUCUGCUGUGACGUUGAAGGUGGAGGAUAUUUUUAGAGUAAAAAUUUAUUGCUUUAGAGGUCGUAUUGGAUCAUAGAAGACUGUUGUAUCUUGAGUGCAAUAAAAAAAAAUGUGCAAUAAUAA